AUGGCCACUCAUGCCCUAUUUGAGACCGCCUCUGGGUAUGCAAUUUUUGAGGUCAAGCUUCAAGAAAACGUCGGCGCGAGAACGAAAGCCGUGCAAGACUCCAUUGACGACCUGGCAAAAUUCGGGAAGAUGGUCACGCUAGUCAGUUUCUCGCCAUUCCGGAGUGCUGCACAUGCCCUUGAGAAUAUGAAUGACGUUUCGGAAGGCAUUCUGAACGAUUACUUGAAGUCGCUACUGGAACUGAACCUAUCAAAGCCCUCGAAAAAGUCUUCGGUAAAGCUCGCCAUAUGGGACCCUGUCCUCGCAUCCUCCAUUAAAGCUGCGCUCAAUAUCGAGUGUGACACUUCCGAAACAUCCAAAGACAUCAUCCGCGGCAUCCGGCAGCAUGCAGGCAAGCUGCUAAUGGGUCUCAAUGACACCGACCUCAUAAAAGCGCAGCUUGGCCUCGGACACGCCUACUCCCGCGCAAAACUGAAAUUCAAUGUGAACCGGAUAGACAACAUGAUCAUUCAGGCCAUUUCCCUCCUCGACCAGCUCGACAAAGACGUCAACCUCUUCUCGAUGCGCAUACGAGAAUGGUAUGGUUACCACUUUCCAGAACUUGUCAAAAUCGUACCCGACAACUACCAGUACGCUCAGGUCGCCCAGUUUAUUGGUGCGAAGGAGACGCUGACGGAGGAGAAACUCUCCGACCUUGCCGCCCUUCUUGACGAUGACAUGAUCCGUGCACAAAACAUAUUGGAUGCUGCGAAUGGCUCGAUGGGCUCAUCCCUCGCGGAGAUUGACAUGCUCAACAUUAACGCAUUUGCAUCACGCGUCGUCUCCAUCGCCGACUACCGGAAAUCGCUCACGUCGUAUCUGUCAGAGAAGAUGAACAUGGUCGCGCCAAGCCUCACCGCGCUGCUGGGCGAGCGGAUUGGUGCACGGCUCAUCAGUCAUGCGGGCAGCUUGACGAAUCUGAGCAAAUAUCCUGCGAGCACCGUCCAGAUUCUCGGUGCUGAGAAGGCCCUCUUCCGAGCACUGAAGACCAAGGGCAAUACGCCCAAGUAUGGUCUCAUCUACCACUCGUCGUUCAUUGGCCGUGCGGGCCCAAAGCAGAAAGGCCGCAUCUCACGCUUCCUCGCCAACAAGUGCUCAAUAGCAUCCAGGAUAGAUUGCUACUCUGACAAGCCGUCUCCGCUGUUCGGUGAAGCGUUGCGGCAGCAGGUGGAAGAGCGGCUGAACUUCUUCGAGACCGGAGCUCCGCCGUCAAAGAACGCGGAUGCCAUUCGGAAAGUGUUGGAUCAGCUCGCUUUGGAGGAGGAGGAGGAGGAAGAGGAGGAGGCCCCUGCGCUACCGCUAGUCGAGCCGACACCCAAGAAGGAUAAGAAGAGCAAGAAGCGGAAGGGCAGCGACGAAAUAGACGCAGACGAGAUAGAGGGUUCCCCAGCGAAGAAACCGAAACUUUCGAAGGAGGAGAAGAAGGCUUUGAAAAAGGCGAAGAAGGAGAAGGAGAAAGCGGCGGCCGAGGUGCGUCUAUUGCUCCAUUCUCAAAGAAGGCCUUCCAAUUGA